AACGCAGAGACAGAGACUCAGGGAAACAGGAUAACAAAUAAACAGAAAACUACCGAUCCUGACAGAACCAUUUAUUUCCAGUGUUUGUAGCUUUAGUAUGAUUAAAUGUGAUUUUUAACGUAUUAAACACAAAUACUGGGUUUGUAAGGAGACAAUAUCCUGCAGAUAUUUAAAAAUAAUCAAUAUUGAAAAUAUAAUUUUUUAUUAACUGAUUGGUGGUUCUUAAAACUGCAGUUUGUAAUUUUUAGAAAGAAUAUUCUGUUUUGCAUGAAGCUGCCUCCAUGUCCUGUUUGCUGCAGCAGCUGGAACAGAUAAACUUUGACGUUUGUGGCCCUUGCAGCUCCACCAUGGCAGUCGGAGCCUCUCUACGCCUCCUGGCAGCGUUGCUUCUCACCCUCCCAGGUUUUGCUCAGAGCUUCAUGCCGAACUCCUUCUUCUUCUGGACGCUGAGUCAUCGUGACAUCACUCAGAUCGCGAUUCUGAGGAAAACAGCCGAGGUUUGCCGGGACGUUGCUGCUGCAGAGGGCAGAAGCUUCACUUUGGAGAUAACCGACACACUGACGGUUAACAAAGUCCAAAUGGCCUGCUCUGUCCCGCUGCCCAACUUCCCCAUCUCCAGCGAAAUGUUCCAAGCUGCAAUCAACAGCGUUCACGACAGCAGCGACGCCCUGCUGACACCAGACCCGGCCUUCCACUUCCACAGCGAGGCCUUCCUCACCGGCAGGGGUCUCAUCACUCAAGGAUUGUCGGCUCUAAAAGCUUCUGUGAAGGAGCAAAACUUUCAGUCAGCCAGAAACACUCUUGGAAGAAUCUGUCACACCCUCCAGGACUUUUACAGCCACAGUAACUGGGUGGAGUUGGGAAGAGCCGCCCCUUACAGCGCUUUGAUCAGGCCAGAUCAGCCUCUGGAGAACCUGGCAGGUCCUGAUGUUCCAACCUGUAGGAGCUGUGCUGGACUGAGCUGCAAAGACAACAUACUGCCCGCAGUCCUGGAGAAGGGACUUCUCACCUCAGGCUACUACAGCGCCGAAUCUCCAGCAAAACCUGCAGGUAAGUGCAGCCACGGUGGUAUCUAUGACCAGACGAGCAGAACCGAGCCAACCGGCGGUAUCAACAAGGACACGGACUCGUCUUCUCACGGGCAGCUGCACCGAACAGCGGCGGACCUGGCCGUGGACGCCACAGUGGACUUGUUGGAGGACAUUAGACUUGCUAUCGGAGACAGAACAUUCCUGAGACUGAUGGACAUCUCACAAGCACCUGCGCUGGUUUUUGUGGUGGAUACCACGGGUAGUAUGGGUGAUGACAUAGCUUAUGUCAAAACAGUCACUGCUAUGAUCAUAGAUGAAAGAAGAGGAACACCGAUUGAGCCCUUCGAAUACAUUUUGGUCCCUUUCAAUGAUCCAGAAUUUGGUCCAGUGACGAGGACAACUGAUGCAGAUGAAAUGAAUACCAAGAUAAACAGCCUGACUCCUCGUGGAGGUGGAGACCUCCCGGAGAUGAGCAUGUCUGGACUCAGACUUGCCCUCACAGCAGCUCCUCCUUCUUCCCUUAUUUUUUUGUUCACUGAUGCUACCGCCAAAGACGCGUCUCUGAAAAAUGCUGUGACCGCUCUGAUAGAGACCACGAAGUCUAAGGUCUUUCCCAUCCUGACCAAUGUUCUUGCCAGACGUCGCAGAAGAGCUGUAGUUCCUUCCAACCAGCUGUAUCUGGAUCUGGCCCAGGCGUCUGGAGGUCUGGCCAUUGAAAUCUUCAAGUCCGAGAUUUCUGUGGCAACUGCUAUUAUAGAGUCUUUAUCAGUCGGAGCUGUGGUCACCGUUCUCCAGGCGGCGGUGGAUCCCGGCACGCCGAGAAAUUUUACCUUCCUCGUUGAUACGACUCUGAGCUACAUCCUGAUUUACAUCACCGGAGACUCAUCUCUCACCUUCACUCUAACAAGCUCAACAGGUUCAGUUCAAUAGUCAGUUUUUGACCUAAUAUGGCUCCAUCUGCUGGUGGCCUGUUGUAAUAACACAAAGUCUUACCAAGUGUUUUAUCUUUAUUUAAAGGGAUGUGCAUCUCUGGCAGAGCUGGGUAGUAACUGGUUACAUUUACUUGGAAAAAAUGUACUUUUAGGAGUAUUUAAGAUUUUUACUGCACUGUGCUUUUUACUUUUUCUUUCUAUUCUGAAGUAUUUCUUCUCAUACUUCAGUGAAAUUUCUGGAUUUUCUUCCCACUGAAUGUUUAAAAUGUUUAAAACAAACAUGUUUCAACCAAAAAUCUACCA